AUGGCUCCUGUGAUUAGAAAACAACCUAGUGGAUGGGAAAAGCGUAAGAAGAAAAAAAGAAUUGAAGCGUUUAUUAUGUCUCAAAGUGGAGCUCUAGAAAAAUAUAAACGGAAAUCGCAGGUUGAUGCUAGUACUAAUGCAACUGAUGUUAAUGUUGACAACGACGAUGGCAAUCAUAAUGAGAAUGACAAUGUUAAUAAUGGCCGUGGCGAUGGUCCUGAUGAUACCUGUGUUGGCAACAUGAAUGUGGAUUCUGCUGACACGGAUGAUCCUAAUCUUAAGAAUAGUGAUAGUAAUGUUGAUGGUGUUAACGGUGAUGAUGUCAAUGAUGCCGGUGAGAAUAUUAAGUUUGACAUAUUUGAUCCAAGAUGUUGGGAUGGUCUUACUUCGGAUAUGAUUAAGGUUUUAGUAGCAGAGGGUCCUAAAAGAGAUGUAUCUAUCAAGAAAGGUCCUAAAGAUAGGUUUUCUAGACGAUUUUCUGCGACUCAUUAUACUAGAAUUCUACCAAAUAAAGAGAAGUGGGACAGGGAAUGGUUGGUAUAUUCGAAAGAGCUUGGCAAAGUUUUUUGUUUCUGCUGUAAGAUAUUUAGAAAGGGGUCCGUGAAAGGUCAGCUAGCUAACGAGGGUUUUUCGAAUUGGAGACAUCUUAGCACUCGACUUAAAGAGCAUGAAGUUGGUUCAGAACACAUGAUGAAUAUGGUUAGUUGGGUUGAGAUGCGUUUACGGUUGAAGAAGAAUGAAACAAUUGAUAAAGUUGCUGAGAAGGAACCAAAUGUCUAA